AGACUGACUACGGUUACCACUCACCCAUGCUGCACCAGGCCAGUGUCCACUCCAGCACCGGCGCACCCACCUGGGUCUACGUCUUCGACUAUCGCUCCGAGAACAACCCACGGCCGAAAUGGAUGGGAACAAUGCAGGCUGAUGACCAGGUGUUUAUUUUCGGCCCGGGAACCCUGAUGUUAAACGACAGAUUCCUGCUGACGGAGACAGACAGGGAGGUCAGCGACAUGAUGCGGACCUUCGUCACCAACUUCGUGCGGUUUGGGAACCCCUCCCCACACGGAAAGCUGGCGGAGUGGAAGGCGUUCCAGACAGACGAGCAGGUCUACCUCCGGGUCAGAAGGCCGGAAAAGACCCGGAUGAAGGACUACUUCAAGACCAAGGUCACGGCCCUGUGGACGUCUUACGUGCCUAAGAUCGUCCGCCGCGUCUUCAACGUCUCGGAAUAUGACGUCAACCCGUUCGGGGGGUCCGUGUAGGGAUGAUACUUAAACUUAAAGCCCCUGUCACACGACGCGACUACUCUUCAAGCAGAGGUUCGACUCUGGCUUUGUUUUGACGUGUUUAGGCGUUUUUGUCGGUCUUUCCAUUUGGUCCUGUUUUAUUCUGCAGACGGACAUGAAGAAAACAUGAACAAAACACAGAAAGCCCGACAAAAAACGCCUGAACGCGUCAAAAAACAGCCAGAACCGAAUCUCUGCUUGGCAAGUAGGCACGAAAAGCGAUCGGCCGGAGAGUCUUCGAGCUCUAGAUGACAUUUUCGAUAUUAGAUAUUUAGAGAUCGGCCGAUGGUCUUAGGUCAUCCAAUGUCGUUGAAUAUAGCUUGAAUGCCAGACUUAUUCCUGGGCCCACACAACUCAACAUGGGGCCAACAUCAACCUGCACCCAACCCCAGGAAAUUUUACACAGGACUCUCUUAGUUAGACCCGGAUGAACGCUAGAUAUCUUUGAGAUCGGGGGUCUGGCAUCCAGGCUUCGGUAAAUAUUGUUAGAUAUUUUUCACGAAAAAUACUCGCGACCCUUUGUCAAUCUCAAAUCGGACGACCUACUGGCGACCAAUUAAAACGAUUGGCUCGUGGACUGUGUGACAGGGGCAUUUUUAUAUAAUGUUACAUUCCAAGGCUAUGCAGGGUGUGGGGGUAAUAUACUAAACAUUAAGGUAGAUAAUAUGAAUAAUAGGACGGUUACCUUUACAUUGUGUGUAACGUACAAAUACCAUAGACAGCUAGAAAUGUGAAACGUAGAAUGACUAGAUUUGACUUGUGCCUUGCAUUACAAAAUAGUGAGAUUCAUACCUGUGAUAUCAAACUUGAGUGAAGAGGGGUUCAUUUUAUUCUCAAAGGGAGAAAAAUUGUAGUCUGUGUAACACAAACUCUCCUGUCUGGGGAUGUAACUGGCCCCUACUAGUUCUGAGACAGAGUUAUCCAGACCAGAUUGUCCAUACCGGUAUGAUUGAUAAGAUCAUGUCAUAUUUCCACGACAGACAGUCCUUUGGAAAGUGUGUACCAAGGCUAGGAAAGAUCAAAUUGUUGCGUCUUGAUGGCCUUGUAUCUUUACCUCUACAUUGUACAAAUGGUAGCAAAAGUUGCAAAUAAAGUUUUCAUCACCACGAG